UGGCAACACAAACAGCAGAGAGACAAGACAACAGCGGACGCCAAGAAGAAAGGAAGGAACCACGCCAAGACGGGCAGCUGUGAGUGUGGUCGUCGAGCAGACACAGGGGAGGCGGGAGCAGCAAGAAGACAAGAAUCCAGCAACAGCAGCAGCAGCAGUCGCGGUCAUGGCACGACGAAGCCAGUCAAACCAAAAGGCGCUCGUCUUGAGCCGUGACGAGUGGGAGCGAAUCAAGGCGCACCUUCGCCCAUCGCCUCAGAUCAUCGAGCAGCAGCGCAAGCAACAAGAGAAGCAGCGCCUGCACGAGCUCUCGCAGCAGAGCGUCGCAGGAUGGUCGAACACGAUCGCUGGUCAAAGGCAAGCAAAGCUGGAGGCACGAAAGAAGCGGCUGGAGCAGAUGGAGGAGAAGCGCAAGCAGCUGGACAAGGAGGAAGAAGAAUUCCAGGCAGAGCAGCGCCGCAAGGCCAUCGAAAAGGCAAAGCAACAACUGUACGAGCAAGACGACCGCAUCCGCGGGGUGCAAUCUGCCGUGCUCAUGUCCGAGGUCAUCCGUGAGCGCGAGCGCCAGGCAAACAGAAAGACAAAGCGUGCGGAGUUGUUGAAGCAGUAUGAGCAGAGUCUUGUUGAGCAGAGCGAGCAAGAGCGCAUCGAGGCAGAGAAGCGCGAGGCUGAGAAGCAGCGGCUGAAGCGGGAGCAAGAGAUUGCACUGGCGGCAGACCAGCUGCAGCAGGCGGCAGAGAAGCGCAAGCAGCGCCUGCACAUGCGCAAGGCCGAGCUCGACGAGGCUGUCGCCAUCCACGAGGACGUGAACAAGCACACGGCGGAGGAAAAGGCGCGCCAGGUGGCGACAAUGCAGCAAAAACAACAUUUGAGGUCGGAAUUUGAACGUCAGCGGCAGGAGCGCGAGCUGCUCGAACAGCGCGAGAAGGAACUCCAAGAGCAGGAAGAAGAAAGGCUGCGGCUUUACACGGAGACGCACGACCGGCUGGUAACGCUGCAAAAGGAGCGGGAGGCGGAGCGCAUUCGCCAGGUGCAGCAGGGCCGCUUCAACGUCGCAAACAAGCUUGCACAGUCCGUCAGGCGCGUCGCUGACGAGGAGGAGCAGCAGCGGCAGCGCGUGAUUGAGGAGCGGGACCGCCAGCGCCAAGAGGCUGAGGAGCGAAAGGAACAGGAGCGGAAGAGAAUGCUGGAUGACAUUUUCCAGCACCGCGAGAUGGACAUGCAGCGCAAGGCCCGCGCAAGGAAGGAGGAGGCUGAACGCGAGAAGCAGCGCGCGGAAGAGUUCCGGCGGCAGGCGGAAGACGCAAAGAAGCAAGCGGAGGAGAAGCGACGAAAGAAGCGCGAGGAGUUGCAGCUGCUGCAGGGCGAAGUGCUGCAGAUGCAGGAGCACAAGCGGCGCCAGCGCGUGGCCGAGCGCCAGGCGGAGAUGCAGGAACGCGAGGAGCUGCUGUCAAAGGAGAAGCAAGAGGCGCAGUCGUUUGCUGCGUUCACAUCGCAGCAGCUGCAAGGCGUCGAGGGCAACGGCUGCCCAAACACGUUUGCCAUCAAGAAGGUGCUGCUGGCGGAUACACAGAAGAAGCGCGGCCCGCCAAAGGAAGGCAAGCAGUGGACCCAUUGCCGCGGCAACCCUUUCCCUGGCGACACCACCCGUCGCCUGGGCUUCACUUGGACCGACUAGACAUACACGUCGUGUCGUGUGGUGUCGUGUCGUGUGGUGUCGUGUCUGUUGCUUGUUUUGGUUGGUGCGGUGAUGUUGUUAACUGCUCAAUAUCCUUGUGGUUUGCGUGUUUUCGGGAUGGCUGUGUUGUGUCCAAUGAUGAUCCGCACAUACGCUGCUAGAGUUUGUUAUCUUCCCGUCUCUCUCCUUUCUCUUCCUGUAUUGCUGCCGUCACAUGCGAACGUGGCUCGUAAUUGGCUUGGCAGUCGACGAUUCCAGUGCUGGUGCUUGUGUUUGCUUUCCUGCUCUCUUCUGAUGAUUGAUUGAAUCCCCCCCCUUCCAAAUAAACGUGCCUCGCUCUCACCGCCCUGUUUGAGGUGGCAACUCAACCCGC